AUGGGGACGGAGGUGGCCUUCAAAGCUCCUGAUAAUGCUGAGAACCUUCUUAAGAAGCCCAAAGAAAAUGCCGAAGAUGAUUUGAGCGAGGAGGAUAGGCAACUUCUUGAGUCACUCAACAUGCUUCUUCAACGUCUCGAAGAACCAGACGUCAGCUUGUACGAUGCUGCCAUUGAAAGUUUAAAAACCUUGAUUAAGUCAUCUACAACGUCCAUGACAUCGGUUCCCAAGCCAUUAAAAUUCCUUCGCCCCCAUUAUGCACGUAUCAAGACAAUUUACGAAAACAUAAGCAACCCCAUAACAAAAGCUAACUGUGCAGAGGUUGUGUCUGUGGUUGGAAUGACAAUGGCUGAUGAUCCUGAUUGCAAACAUGAUACACUCAACUAUCGUCUACUUAGUAAGAAUGAUGAUAUUGGCGUUUGGGGCCACGAAUAUGUACGCCACUUGACCAACCAAAUUGUUGAAAUAUGGGUGGAGUCAUACCUAUCUGGGUCUGACGAAGGAUCCGUCUUAUCCGACGAGUCUAAUAAGAAGAAGGCUGAAUACAUUGAAUUAGUCGAGAAGAUUAUUCCGUACCUGAUGGAACAUAACGCAGAAUCCGAAGCUAUCGAUCUGUGUAUUGAAAUUGAGCAUCUUCAAUUUCUUGAAAAGCACACGACUGAAUUGAAUUUCCAACGUGUUUGCCUUUAUCUAACCAGUUGUGUUGCUUAUAUUCCGGAUCCCGAUAACACGAAGGUUCUUCGAUGCGCUGAGAGCAUUUACAGAAAGUAUAAGGACCUUGGGAAUGCGAUGAGAUGUGCUCUUAGCCUCAAUGAUGCAACUCUAGCUCAAUCGAUUUUUAACGAAGCGGCAACUCUCCCUGUUUCUCGCAAGGGUAUCACUGGAACUGAUGUCAGGCGACAGUUGGCCUAUUUUCUUGGAAAGCACCAGUUUAUUACACCAUAUGAUGAAGCUUUAGCUGAAGAAGAUGAAGAUCUUGCCGAGAUGCUGGGCAAUACUCGUCUUUCUGAACAUUUCCUUUCACUUGCCAGAGAGCUUGAUAUAAUGGACCCUAAGCUACCGGAGGAUGUUUACAAGCAACAUUUGGAACCGUCACGUCUAGCCAUGUCUUCUAUGCUAGACACCAUGCGAACGAACUCAGCAGCCUCAUAUGUCAAUGGCUUAGUAAACUGUGGUUUCGGAAAGGAGAAGCUGAUACAAGAUGAAUCCAAAGAAGGGACUUGGCUUUCUCGACAAAAAGACCUAGGCAAAAUGAGUGCAGUUGCUACCCUUGGGUGGGUUUUGCUAUGGGACGUGGACAGUGGCCUAUCCCAGAUCGACAAAUAUCUUUAUGCUGCGGACGACCACACUCAAGCUGGUGCCUUGCUCGGUUGUGGCGUGGUAAAUUGUGGUGUCAAGAACGAAUGCGACCCGGCCCUCGCUCUUCUCUCCUCAUACGUGGAACAUCAAACUGAUGUCUUGUCUCGUGCCGCCAUUAUCGGCCUUGGGGUAGCUUACUCUGGUUCAAACAAACAGGAAGCAAUUUCCCACCUCGUGCCAGCAAUUCUAGAUACCUCUUCAGGUCGCCUUCAGCACGCCUGUUUGGCCGCCCUGUCUGCCGGCAUGAUUGCUGUAGGCUCCCUGAAUGAGGAGGUUACUUCCACUAUCAUUCAAACUAUGCUAGAGCGUCCAAGUACCCACUGGAACAACACUUUUAGCAAGUUCAUGGCAUUGGGACUGGCCCUCACCUGCCUAGGACGACAAGAUGAGGCCGACGUGAUUCUAGCUUCGUUAGAGGCGGUUACAGAACCAAUGAAGUCAAUGGCACAUAUGAUGUGUGAUGUUUGUGCGUAUGCAGGAAGCGGCAACGUGCUGAAAAUCCAGAACCUCCUUCACAUUCUCUCAGAGAAGUAUGAAGAAAAGGUGGAAAAAGUCGAAAAGUCGAAGUCUUCCGCUGCCUCGGCUGGAGCAGAAAAGUCCAAGUCGAAGGACCAUCACCAUCACAAGAAGGAGUCGCGUAGAAGUUCAGGCAACCCAGGCGGUCGCCGGGUACGUCGGCACGCGGGUUCAAGCAGCACCAAACCACCCACCGAAAGUGCCUCAGCCACUACGGAGGAACCGAUGCAGAUCGAUGAUCAGGCGGCAGCUUCCUCUGAAGACGCCAACACCACUUCGACUGGCGCAACCAUGGGUUUUGACUUCCACGCCCACCAAGGGCUUGCGGUUCUGGGGAUUGCCAUAAUCGCUAUGGGGGAGGAGGUUGGUCAGGAGAUGGCUUUCCGGAUGUUCGGACACCUGCUCAGAUUUGGGGAGACCCCGAUCAAGAGAAUUGUGCCUUUGGCGUUAGCCCUUUGCUAUGUCUCGAAUCCCCAACUCAAGGUGCUGGAUACGCUAAGCAAGUUCAGCCAUGAUUCUGAUCCAGAGCUCUCUUACAACUCGGUUUUGGCGAUGGGUAUCGUCGGUGCUGGUACCAACAACGCACGCUUGGCAGCCAUGCUUCGUCAACUGGCUGGAUAUCAUGCUAGAGAUCCUUACAACCUCUUCUUGGUUCGCCUCGCUCAGGGCCUGACCCAUUUGGGCAAGGGUACUCUCACACUCACUCCAUGGCACUCAGAUCAUGCGCUGUUCCGACCAGUUAGUUUAGCGGGUCUCCUGACUCUGCUCGUCUCGUGCCUCGAAAUGCGAAUGACCUUUAUGGGCCGAAGCGACUAUUUGAUUUUCUACCUAACCCCGGCUAUCCAACCACGCCUUCUGAUGACCUUUGAUAAGGACUUGAAACCCCUUACUGUCACCGUCCGUGUCGGUCAGGCCGUUGAUGUCGUUGGUCAGGCUGGCCGCCCGAAGACCAUCACUGGUUUCCAGACGCACACCACUCCAGUCCUCCUAGCGCAUGGAGAGCGCGCGGAGUUGGCAACUGACGAGUACUUGCCUGUCACAAACUUACCCCUCGAGGGAUUUGUUAUUCUCGCAAAGAAUCCCUCUUAUGAAAAGCCAGCGGCAUAA